UUGCCUAAGUGGUGGUGGUGGUGGUGUUGUUUGUUAAGUAAUUUGUUUUUAUUGUUUUCUUUUUGCUAGGAAAUUGCUCUUUUCUUUCUCUUUCUCUGUAGGGUUAUUUGGUAAAUUAAUGGUUAUUGUCAUCUUUUAAUCUCUUCUUUGUUUCUUUGUAUUUGAGUAUUUUUAUUUUCCCAUUUCAUUUUAUCUUUCAAAGGUCCUCUCUCUUCCUCCCAUUGUUUCUUCUGGUGGGGGUUUUUAUAUUUUCUUCUUCUUCUUUCUCGCUUUCUUUUUUUCUUGAGAAAGGAGAGGAGAAUAGCUUCAAAGAUUGCUUUUUUAUUUUUUAUGAUUCCUGUUUUUAUGGUCUAAUCCUUUAUUUUCUUGUUAAGAUUCUCUUUUAGAUCGAUCAAGGUCUUUCAUUUCCACCUGCAAGGACUUCGAAAUAAUUUGUAUUGAAGUGCAUACAAGCCCUAAUGCAGGGGCAAAAGGGUGCUUUUGGUUCCUUUUCUGAAACCUUCUUUGAUCAAGGCUCUACAUCGAGUAAUGCUACUAUAGACCAGCAGGUGUGCUGGAAUAAUAUUCAAAAUCCCAUAGAAAAUAGAUUUCCUGAUUGUUUGCCUUCGCAUAAUGACAUAAACAUUGGAUAUGUGAACUCCAUUGGUCGAGAGGAGCAGGAGCCAGGCAGAUGGAGCUUAGAAGAGCCUAGCUCUAGCGGCACACAGAAUGAGGUCAAUCAUGAUGAGAGGAAAAUAGACCAUGUAUGGUCGUCUUCCAUGAGUGCUUCUGUGACUGCUGAAAAGAACUCUCCAUUUGUCCAAAAUUCCAAUUCUAAUACAGUUUCCCGGAGUCUCAACUUAAAUGCAGCCAUAGUUGCUCACGGUAAUAAUAACUGUCAAGUUACGGAACGGUCUAACCAAAAUAAGCCUAGUGGAUCUGAAAGGGACCUGAUUUCAUCGGAUGCUGGUCCUGAAGGUUUUAUACAUGCUUCUAGAAGUAGUGGAUAUGUUGUGGAUGAUAAUGAUAACAGACCCAGUGAUGGUCGCCGUGCAUCUUGCAAAAGAAAAGCUCUUGAAGGAAACGUUGGGCAGUCCUCUUCGAGUGGAAGUUCUAGCUACUUCCAUUGUGCAGAAAGUAGCGUCGGGCAUGGUGUUUCUUCUAGUUCUAGUGUAGGAAACGGCAUGAAUAUAUCUGCCUCCUCGGGACAGGCACACCCUAGACUUGGUUUAGAGGUGGGAGGAUCAGGUUCUGAUGCCAACCCUGGACCAAUCGUUUUACCAGCUGCAAAGGGCUCCCACAGGAACUUCCGGCUAAGAGUAAGUCCAUCAAGCAUACAGGAACCUAUUGCUCCUCGGGUAUUUUCUACAGGUGAUAUGACCAGGCGGUCUGUUAUUUCGUCUUCACAGCAAUCGUCAAGGCUUCCAACUGAUCAUUCUUUGGACAUAAGGUCAGCACCAGUGCUAGAUAAUGCAAGUCUUCAAAACCCGAAUGUCGCAGUUCAUGUUCCGACUUUGCCUCGAAAUGUACAGUCAUUUAGGUGGAAUGGAGGUUCUGGCUCUAGAACUGGCAAUACAUCAAGUUCUAAUAUAUCUGGGGAUAGAGAUGCUGUACCACAUGAGGGACAUCAAUCGAGAAGCAUGGCUAGGAACCUGUUAGAUCAUCCUAUGUUUGUUCGUGCACCUGAGUUGAGAAAUUUGGUUCGGAAUCCAAUGAAUCGAGAUGUAAAUAGUGGAAAUUUAAGUGUUCCUGGAAAUUUUGCUUCGACAUCUCGUGGUGGCUCAAGUUCUGGUGCCAAUGCAUCUUCCGUUCCCACAUGGGCUCCUCAGCCGAAUCACCCUUCUCAAUAUCCGCGGAGAUUGUCGGGACUUGUUCGUCGACAGUUGAUGUCUUCCCUUGGCCCUGAGUCUGGUGGCCCGGGCAAUCAUCCUUCACUUCCUGCCGGACCUACUUCUCCUGAAGAGAUGCUGCUUUCCUCCAGUGUAACUAAUCCUGGGCACCAUCGUCCAUAUCGUAGGUUAGUGUCAUGGUUGGAGAGACAAGAUGCUGGUUUUCUCGCAGUACCCCAUUCAUUACGAAAUUUAGCUGCUGCCACUGAAGGAAGAAGCAGGCUCGUUGUACCUGAGAUUCGCAAUGUCUUGGAUCUCAUGCGUAGGGGUGAGAACUUGCGUUUCGAGGAUGUUGUGAUCCUCGAUCAAUCAGCAUUUUUUGGGGUAGCUGAUAUUCAUGACCGGCAUAGGGAUAUGCGGCUCGAUGUUGAUAACAUGUCAUACGAGGAGUUACUGGCUCUAGAAGAGCGCAUUGGUAAUGUAAACACGGGGUUGAGUGAAGAAAUGAUAUCAAACCAGUUGAAACGACAAAAGUACUCUAGCGUACCAGGAACUCGGUUAGAGACAGAACCAUGUUGUGUUUGUCAGGAAGAAUACAACGACGGUGAAGAUCUCGGAACACUCGAAUGCGGCCAUGACUUUCACGCUGAUUGCAUUAAACAAUGGUUGAUGCACAAAAACUUGUGCCCCAUUUGUAAAACAACGGGUCUGAAUAAAUGAGAUGAACCGUUUGGUUUUUAAGGCUGAUUAGUUCUUGCCUUCAGGUCUGACAUCGAAAGAUUGCGGCUUGGCAUUUUUCUUUCAGAACUCGUCCUUAUAAAGCAAUGUUCUUGGUGGAUGAUGACACAAAUGUUUGAAGCACUGGGAACAUAAAGCUACAUAUCCUUCAUCUUUAGUUUUUAAUCAUUGCAGUAUUAGAGUUUUCUUUUUUUAUGUAUGGAUUCUCAGCCCAUUGGCGACAUAAAUUAUUGAAUCUCUCUUUACAUUUUGAAGUAA